GAUUUUGGAAAUCGGAACUUUUUUAAAAAAAAUAAAACAGCGGCUUUUGCAUUUUAUAAUAAUCAGAGAAUAGAUACUAUGGACUAUAAUCUCUCCUAUGUGAUUUAAUAUCGCCACCAAUGACAAUGAUUAAAUGAGAAAGUGAAGCCGGAAGUGUCCAUUUCGUGCGAUUUUAUAUCUCUUUACUCACAUUUUCGUUUUGUUUCCCUACAACAGGCUUGUUGAAACUUGUUGUGACAGGACAAAAAUUGUUUGUUGUGGACAGGUUUGUCACAGGUCUGAUAACAAGCUUGCUGCAGACUUGACAAAAACAACUCGCGACAGGUCUGUUGGAACAGGUUGUAACAGACCUGUUGAUUUCAACAGACUUGCUGCAAAUUGUUCUAUCAGACCUGUUAUCUCUUGUUAGUAACAGGUUUGUAGCGGGUUGUUUCAACAAGUCGCUACGGCUCUGUUGUCAACAGCUUGCGACAGACCUGUUACCGCAAGCCUGUUACCGCUCGACGAAACCAACAGACCUGUCGCGACUUGUUGACAACUUGCCGCAAGCCGGUAAAAUCAACAGCUUGCGACAGGCCUGUGAGAUUUCUGGCUGUAUAUAGUGAACUAUUAAACUAUCGUGAUUUACACAAUUUUUGGAUAUUUACCAGACGAUCCCCUAUCCACCGACCCGAGGUUAACGCCGAGUCGGCGUCUUGUUCGCAAUGAAUUUGACCGUACAUGAAAUCAGAAAUAUUUAUGUUGCAAAUUAGCGUUAAUUGUAGAAACCGGUCAUGUAAUUUCGCCUUAACAGAGAAACAUCGACAUAUGUUGUGCAGUACUAAAUCUCCGAUACUUUAUAUCUACAGCAUAUCGUAAAUCCUUGAUUAAACACGCCUUUCAAAUAAGCGCCUUUUUAGACCGUUCCACCCACUUCACAAAAAAAAUACAUGUGUGCUGAUUUUAUUUCUUGAUUAUCCCGGACGUUCGUGAUCACGUGGGUCUAGUAUCACCAAAAAGGAAGGGCUUUGUAAAUUGCGAAAAUAGUAAGCACCAUUUCCAGUAAAUCUGCUCUAAAUGUGCCCGAUAUAAGCCACCGGGGCAAGGCGGGGCGGGACCUAAGAAAUAGAGGCACGGACGAAAUUAAUGGAAAUUGCGAUGCAAGACCAACUUGCUGCAUAACUGCUGCCUCAUUCUUUAGCAUUAUAGAAUGUGACUCCUUUUUGUCAGAUAUUGGCAGUUUACAAUAACAUUGCGCAUUGCUUUUUAAACCAAACAUAAAUUAAUUGAGCUUGUUCAAUGUCUCUAAAGGAACAUGCAUCGUAAUUCCGUCAGUUGAAUAGGAACGAUACCUUUCAAUGUAAACCAACAGAAACGUGUUGAAUUAAUAUUGAGGCUGAGUUCUUAAGAACAUCUGGUAAAGUAUAAACCUUAAAUUCAUUCCUGUUUCUAGGGUCCAAGAGGUGGAGUGGGGGAACUUGGUGGCAUUGGAAAAUAUGGAUUAUGUGUAAGUAUCAAGCGUCAAAUAUCAAUCAUCAAUCCGUGUUACGUUCCGUAUUUUCUAAAUUUAAAUUGUAUUCCAUGAAAAGUUGAAUGAUCAUCAAAAAGAACAGAUAGUAUGAAUUGACAAUAAAGCGCCGUUCAGACCAACACCAACCCAAUAUCAACCCUGAUGCAACAGCAGCAACAUCUUCCAGCAUCAAGCAAAUAUCACACAACAUAAUGUUCAAACCAACACGUUGGAUGGGUUUGAACAGGCCUUAAUUAAACUAUCGGCAAAUAGUGAUAGCAGUCUCUAUCAAUGUCAGACUAAUGUGUGUGAAAGGUUCUUUAUUCCCUAUUUUCUGAAAUUUAAGUUCAUUUUUUUGAAAGGGAGGCGAAGGCGUUAUGGGCCCAACAGGACGAGUGGGAAUUCCAGGAAUGCAAGUAAGGUUAUAUUCUAAUUCAUGUUAGAUUAGAAUCAUAUGCUCGUCCCAGUACACUGCUUCAAUACCUUUUCAAAAUUAAUCAUGAUCAUUAAUCGUGUUUAAACAACAGGGAAGUCGAGGUAUAUCUGGAUCUCCUGGGAGAGAUGGUUUAAUUGGAGAGAAGGUGAGCAAGUGCUGCAAAGUCGUUUACUGACAAAAAUGGCACAAUUUAUGCUAAAGAUCAUGCAUUAAGUCAUAUCAUCCACGUAAAUGUAAAUCAGGCCCAUGAUAAUAUUCUUAAUUUUUUAGGGGGAGAUUGGUGAAGGUGGUAGUAAAGGAACGAAAGGAGAAAAAGGACCACUAGUAUGUUCAGUGCUGAUUUCUUACAGAAUAGUCUUUCAAUGGAAAGUGCCAUUUGAUGUUUGCAUGAUAUCAUCGAAAUAGGCAUCACACGUGGUAUAGAUGAGCUAUUACACUCGUAUAAGAUUAGUUAUAUUCAGGAAAGGCUAGCCUAAAUUUUGAUCCGAUAUACAAUGUUGUAAGUUGGUGUGCAUUUCAAAUAACAGUUGCCGUUCGUUCGCGACUACUGCCAAUUUCAAUGAAGUUAACUUUAAUUUUUAUAACGUAAGCUGAAGCAAUAAAAUUAAUGAAAUUAUUUUAAGAAAAAUUACGGAAUUAGGUUGUAUGCAGCUGUAUGUUCUCAUUCUUGGCAUUUUGUAGGGUGACCGGGGUAAAAGAGGAAUAAUGGGAGAUGAUGGAGAGGUUGGGGAUCCGGUGAGUACAGAGGCGUAGCCAGGAUUUUUGGUCAGGGGAGGCCAGCAAAAACCCAGGUGGGGCCAAGCCGCCAGUGACUCGAGACGCAAAGUUCGCGCAAGGCAUUCUGUGCAGUGCUGGGUAAAAUUAAUUGUCGACACAUGUGAUUUUUCACCGAGCCAGCGUUAAAAAUUUACUGGUAAAAAAACCAGAUUGGUUUAAACUUCAUCUAACCCUCAUUUAAUACAUAUUGAAAUAAUUAGGGUUAGAAAAGGUAUGUGUUUCAAGCUGUGUGCCGCAAAUAUUAAAGCGAACAAGAUUUUAGGUUUCACACUGAUGCGCAGCAAAGUAUAUUCUACAGAAUUUUUGCAUUAUUGACAGCAUGAAGCUACAUAAUAAUGGAUUAUAUCAGAGGGGGCCCAAAUUUUUUUAGCCAGGGGGGAGGGGGCGGGCCCCCCGGCCCCAGACCUGGCUACGCCUCUGGGUGAGUAUGCACCAUUGAUAUUUUAACAUAUAAUUAAUGAUGCCUCAGAGAAAAUAACGAAACUUGAACGUGAAAAUCCUCUGCCAAAUUUUAUGUGUGUACUUAAAUUGCUUCAGUUUCUUCCCACAACACAGAGAGUUAACAGAGUCAGUUAGAAUAGAUUAGAAAAAUAAUAUCACACAGUAAAUUAUUGUAAAGAUUUAUCAUCUAGACUAUGAUCGUAAUAGGAGUAUAUAGUAAGCAUAUAAUAUACUUAGCGUAAGCAGAGACUGUACCUAUAAACGGUCUAGGAGUGAGAUAAUCUUUCAUUCAUGCUAAAAUGUUUUUUUAUAGGGUGAAUCUGGAUUGUUAGGAGAUCAAGGCGCUCGUGGAAAGAGGGUUCGUUGGAAAUCGAUUUAGAGCAAUGAAGAAACGUUUACUUACAAACAUGGAAAAGAAAACCAAUCCCCCUUAGAAUUUCUUAUAGUACUGUAUACAGUAAAAGUGAAUAUUCUAAUGGUUUGAGUCCUUUUCGGAUCAGUUGGACAAUAACAAAUUAAAAACAUACCUUUCACGUACCUUUGCUAUACACGCCUAAUUUGUGUAGAAAAGAGUGCUUCCAGUUAAACACCGCAGGUUACUGGAGCUCUGGGAAGAACAAUUUAGAUCUGAUAAAGUAAUUCAGUAGAAAUAAAGUUAAGUUAUAGUUAACGUUUAGUUUAACUUCAAUCUUCAAUAUUUUGUUUUCCCUAGGGAGCUAGGGGAGAACCUGGAACUGAUGGAGAAGCAGGGUUUAAGGGAUUCAUUGGAGGACAAGGAGACGACGGGCAACGUGGAAUAAUAGGAAAACAGGUACUAUGUGACUUUGAAACCUCGUUUGUUGUUUGACAAUUUAUAUUUUCAACAAUUGCGUACGUGAUGAAAUUGAGUUGUCGAUAAACCUUGAUUAAACUUUUUUGAUCGGUACUUUCUAUAUUAGCGAAACGCAUGUAAUCGUUAAUUAUCAUUCCAUUCCUGAUCGUAUGGCAGAAGAUGCACUUGUCUACGAAUACACGACGAAACGCUAAAGUUCUCAUGCUAGAUCUGUUAGCACGCAAUGUGUUUUAGUGAACUGGUUUUACUAGUCUCCGCAGCCGAUGGCCAGAGUGCAGGAUCGGUGAGAUAACCAAAAUAUCUCCCCUGGUAAUUUCAUGCAGACUAUAUAGGUUUUACCUACUGUUGAGUGCCUAAUAACCUUAUCUGUAAUUAUCUUGCAGGGUGAGCUGGGUCCUCCUGGUCCCAUUGGUUUCAGAGGAAUCCCAGGCCAUCCAGGAUUUCAAGGAGGCUUUGGAUUUUACGGGACUGUUGGAGAACCUGGUGCAAUUGGAGAUGUUGGUGGUGAGGGUAUCAAGGGGAAGAGUGGUAGUAAUGGUAAACGUGGUCAAGACGGUCCACCUGGAAAACCUGGAGAACUGGUAAUUAUUUUGCCAUGUUUGUCAAUGCAUGGAUCAGGGGCUAUAUUUUGAGAAGCUUAUCAAAUGCUUGCAUGUACAGUAUGGUAACACAGUGAUGUUGUUUGCUAGGGUGAUCCUGGAAUCAAAGGAAAUCCUGGUUUCGCAGGUCAAAGGGGAGAAAGUGUAAGUGCACAAUUAAUAAGGUUUCUUUCCAAAAAUAUUAUAUUUAUAGGGAAAAAAGAUUUGUUCAGGAAUGCACGUUUGUUACAUUUUCACGUAAAGAGGGGACUGAGACUUCUGUCAGUAUAUGGGAUUUAAAUAUGACGUAGGAAAACAUAAAAAAGGGGACUAGUCGUCAAACUCUCUCUCUGUUUUAAUGCUGCAGGAUAUCACGAAAUCAUAAUUACACGAGUUGAAAAUCAUGAAGAAUAUCUUUAUUAUUGUUAUUGUUUAAAUUUAUUUAUGCUGCAUUUUUCAUAGGGUGCAAACGGAGACGUUGGACAAAACGCAGAAAACGGUGAAACGGUGUGUGAAUUUUAGUUAUGUUUAGCUUUAGUUUGUUGAGACACGUUGAACUGUGUCGACAGGUUAUCUGCAAAUCAUCAUACAUGAAACCAUGAUGAUUUUCAUUUUCGCAGGGUGAUCCAGGGACCGAUGGUGCUAAUGGGCCUCAGGGUGACCGUGGAUUGAUGGUAAGAUAAAAAUUCAUAGGUUAAAAAGGCUUUGCAUCAGUGUAUUGGAGUGGGAGGGACAAUGAACUGCCUCCUGUAUGUGUAUUUUGUAUUGCAUAUUCUAUAUAUUUUUGAAAAUUUUUCAAACGAUUUCAUGUUGUCCAUUUGAAGAAUCCAACCCUAUAAGAUGCACUUAGAUUUUGAUAUUACUUAGUAUAAUAACUUAGUAUGACUUCCAGUGACGUUAAACUAUUAUUUUAUUGCUACGAAACGCCAAUAAAAAUCAUGUUUUUACUCUGCUCUUUGCGCUUUCCACAGUAAAAUGAAAUAAUAACUAAAGUAUACAUAUAGAAAAUAAAUCAACAAAAGUAGAAAUACUGUAACACGCAAACAGGUUAGAAAAUAACAAUUAAAAAAAUCUGCUCAAAUCUGUUUUAUGAUAGGGUGAGAAAGGGGUCGCUGGCGUAGAUGCACUUCCUGGUUCGGAAGGAAGAAUGGUGGGUUAUUUAUUUUUUGUUCUCAAUGUAUUAAAUUCUUUCGUAUUCAUGUUGAAUCACGAAAAGGCUAUGUACUGUAGAAGCCUGUUUGCACGUUUUUCGUUGUUCCAACACUGUUGUUAGUGCAAAGUUGCUUUAUAUAUAUAUAUAUAUAUAUAUUAUAUAUAUAUAUAUAUAUAUAUAUAUAUAUAUAUAUAUAUAUAUAUAUAUAUAUAUAUAUAUAUAUAUAUAUAUAUAUAUAUAUAUAUAUAUAAUAUUGAUCAAUGAAUGGAUGGAUGGAAUAAACAAUCCGGGGGUAGCAUGCAAAUUAUGUUUUUUGUUACGUUUUCUGAAGCUUCGCGACAUUCGGUCAACUAAUUGUUUAUAACUGUUUAUAAUAGUUUUUAAAAAUCUAUAUUUUUAUUCAUGAUGGUACCAUGCAUGUUCUUACUUAUUUUAUUCAACAUUUAGAGAAGCUGUAACCAAAUUACUGUUACAUCUUUAAGCACUUGUUUUAUCUUUCUCAGGGAGCCGUAGGUCAGGCUGGAACUGCUGGUGGAAGAGGAUUGGACGGACCACCAGUAGGUAACUUAUUUUUUUCAUACUCUAGGAACAAACUGUGUUGUCACAAAUUUCAAAUACACAAUGGAGAAACUCCUUUUACGAGUUCACAUCUUAUCUACAGGACAGCGUCUAAAGAACUAAACUUUUUGCCGUUUGUUUGUUUUCAGGGACCAAAAGGAGAACUGGGACCUGAUGGUCGACCUGGACCACCUGGUCAUAUUGUUAGUUGAAUAUCUUACUUCUUUUUAAACACACUGGUUUUCCAAACGAAAAUUGCAACCAGCAAAAGAAGUAUAAUAGUUAUGCUAAACUCAAACCCCACAUUUUAACAAAUUAAGAAACAACUACGUAUUUAAAUGACACUUUCUGAGUCGUUUUAACACUUGCGUUCCAUCACAACAUGAAACGGCGACUGGACGAUUUGACAUGUGUGAAUUUUUUUAAUUUUUUUUUUAAUUUAAUAACUUGAACACUCUUUUAUAACCUAAAAGGUUAAAUUACAAAGGUUCUAACAAUAUGUACUAUGUAGAUACUAAAAGGUGAUUACAACGAUAAGAAUGUACCAAGCUAAAUCAUACGCCAAACUUAUUUUGUUUUAAAAUCAUUUGGGGUUAUGUGCAUGCGUUAUGUCAUAUUCGGGUUAUGUGAAUGCGCUAUAUGUACGUAUUUUUCGCUCAUCUAUCCCCAUGCAAGUGCAACAACCUGAUUCAUUUGCUAUUAACAUAUGUGGGGAAAAUUUACUGUAAAGGCUUUUAUACUUCUUAUAAAUACAUACUCUACAUAGAUACUAGAUAGUUCAUGUAGAUCACCAAUUAUAGAAACGUUCCUGCAUUCAGACAUAUACUUUAUUGUAAACAAUUAUUUUGUAGACACGUCCAGGAUAUGUUGGACGUCCAGGAGAGCGUGGGGAAAAGGGGGAAAGGGUAAGUUCUAGAGAGAUUAUUUUCCUUGCGGUCGUUCUAAAGGCCCUAACAUUAAUUUUAGAAACUGUAAAUCUAUGUAAAGAAUUCUAUGAUUAAUAACUUGACUUUAUCUUGAACGUAUUUCUGUGAUAUUGCUAAUGUUUGUAAAAUUUAUAAUGUUCGUAAUUUCUGUUAAUUAGGGCGACUCUGGCCUAUCCGGAACUCGUGGAAUAUCAGGACAAAAGGUAAAAUAGGAUGAUUUUCAUUUUAAACCAUGACAUUUGUCUCCCUCCUACGACACGACUUAUUUUCUAUAUGUCCAUAUGCAUAAUGAAAUAUUCUAAAUCUAUAAUAAACAGUAUACUCAAUUUGUUUUCAGGGAUUUCCGGGAGAUCGCGGUCUGAUUGGUUUUCCCGGAUUAGCUGGAUCACCGGUAUUAAUAUUAUGAUGUUUUAAGUAGCAUUUUCUUUAAUAUAUCUUCAUCACUAUUAUCCCUAUAUCACCCCCACCCAAAUCCUUCAUAUCCACCUUUAAUUUUCAUCUUUACCUUCUCCUCCAUGUUUCAUCUCCACCUUCAACUUCGCUUGUCUACACCUCUAUUUCCACUUCAACCAACUUCCCCUCCACUUUUUACCUUCACUUCCACAUUUUACCUCCCUCUUUAUAUUCAUCUUCACCUCUACCUUGUACUCCACCCUCACAUUUACCUUCAUCUUUACAUUCAACAUCAUCUUUUCACUUUCACAUUCACCUUUAUUUCCAUCUUCUCCUUCUACUUUUACCUUCCACCUUUUACGUCCACCUUUCCCAUCACCUUUUACGUCGACCUUACGUUUUACCUCUAUUUUCACAUUCACCUUCACCUCCACCUUUUUCCUCAUCCUUUUAAUAAUAAUUAUAAUUAUCCAGAAUACCUGCAUCACAUACGUGUUUUUCAGUGGGGUCCUGCAUAAAAGAUUUUUUUAAACUGUAUAAAAAUAUACAAAUAUGAACACGAAAUUUAGUCAGUAAGUGUGGAACACUUCGGGCAAUUUUACCUCCACCUACGUCCUUUUUCAUUACAUUCAUUUUUUAAUUUCAACUCUACCUUUCACAUUCACCUUUACUUUCAUUUUCGAAGACCUUUUACGUUGUCUUUACUUGGAAUACCCAAUCGUUUUAAGCCAAUUUUUUAAAGGUGUAUAUAAUCCUCAUUUGGAUUUUAGGGCCGUCCUGGAACUGAUGGUUAUUAUGGUUCACAUGGAACGUCUGUAAGUUGUUAUGCAUAGAAUUUAUCAUUGCUGUUUAUUUGAUAACGUAAUAUAGUUAAUAUUUUAGUCACGAUUUAUUAUUUUCUAAACUUCUUUAGUAUAGAAAAUUGUUAUACAUUAUAAUUAUUUUUGUCCAGGGCGAUCCUGGUCUGAGUGGAGUUCCUGGUCAGCGAGGUCCGCCUGGUUUACAGGUUAGCUAACACUUUCCUAGUGUUUUUGUUAAACUCAUAACUAAAUAUCCAUCACAAAAUAUGAAAUAUGCGAAACACGAUACAGCAAAGAAAGGAUUUGAAAUUUAGAAUGGCCUGAAAAAAUAAUUUAAAAAGUAAACUUGCACUGAAAAUUCGAAUUCAUGUUCUUUAUCCUAUUGAACUUUGAUUAUUUUGAAGCAUAGCCUGUCUAAGGGAAGAUGGCUGUGAAACUCAUUAGAAUAACAAUAUAACUCAUUAUCUAUGUUAGUCAACGUUUAUUCAUAAAUCUGGUCCUUUCACCGUCACGUGUGUAUUGUAUUUUUACCAAAUCCACCAAUAGCAAUUUCCAGUUUUCUUAUUGUUCGAGUCACGGAUAGGUGACUUUCCUAAAACAUUGCCAUUGGUUAGUUGGGUAAAAAUACAAUACACACGUGACGGUGAAGGACCAGAUUUAUGAAUAAACGUUGACCAACAUAGAUAAUGAGUUAUAUUGUUAUUCUAAUAAGUUUCACAGCCAUCUCCCCUUCAAUAGGCUAUGUUUGAAAAUUGAAGCGAGUAACUAGGAUUGUCAAUAAAUAAUUAAUUCUCUUUUUCUCCUAAAAUUAACUUCAACCACCAAGGUAAUCAUUGCUGCCUUAUAGAAUAUUUCAAGACUAACAGUUUUAUAAAAUAUAAAUGUAAUACAAAGUUGUUUAUUAGCCUGGUAAUGCAUAAAAUAUACAAUAAUGUAAAAUUCGGGCGGCUAGUUUUCGAAUCGGUCAAUAGUAACCAGCAGUUUCUAAAUAAACUAUAUUUCUUAUUUUCCUGAUGUUACUUUUAUUAUUUCAGGGCAGGCCUGGCCAAGAAGGCGAAGCUGGGCCACGAGGGACGAUCGGAGGAAAGGUAAAAUGAUCUUUGGUAAAACAGAGAAUCCAUGCAAUAAUGCUAAUUUGAUUGUUAUACGUGCGCUUCAAACUACAAUAACAUAACAGCUUGUCAUCGUUGGUCAGUUCAAAUGAAAGGUACAACACUAAUAGGCUCCACAUUAUGUUGCUUCAUUCCUCUGCCAAAAGUCAAGAGGCAAUCUUACGUUGAUCAGGGGGAGCACAUAAGCAAUGUAACUAUUAUUUGAGAAUCAUUUGUCAUUUGAUACAAAAUUCACGAUCAGUAUGAGAUUCUAUACCUUUAAAGAUGACUUUUAGAUGGUAACUUUCGAUUGUUAAUUCUGUGAUUCUAUGUCUAGGGAUUUCCUGGUCCACCUGGAUUUCCUGGUCAACCGGGAGUUGCUGCUCCGCCGGUAUGUCGUAUAUAACUCAUAAAACGGAAUAGUUUUCUGUUGAUCUGUAACGUUAAAUUCUCUAGGUGAACCUAGGUAGAUCUUGAUCAACGUCGAUGAGAAUUGUUCCUCAAUUCGUGAAAUCGAAGGGGACAAUGUAAUCCAUUGUAAAUCAGUAGUGUUCAUUGCCAGCAAAUUCGGGAAGUGUCCAUUACAUCGCUGAAUUAAAACAAUGUAAUAAUGUUAAAUAUUAAAAUAAUGUAAUAAUGAUUGUACUCGGGGGAAAGAAAGGAAGCAAAUUUUGUUUAUUUCUUUAAGUUUAGCUUCUUUGCGGUAAUAUACCCAUUUCAAUACAACGCUUCGAUAAUUACAUCCCGAUGACUGCCUUGGUCUGUGCGUUCACUCUUUAGAAUGAAGACGAAAGGCAAAUUCGCGAUUCGUGAGAAUGAGGCUCCCAAGCCAAGGAGAGAUUUGUGACGCAAUAAUCGGAAGGGUGUAUUGAAGUUUACGACCCCCAGUAUAUUAACGCUCCAUUGAGCUGCCUCGUUUUCAACAUAAUUUAUAUACUUACCGUAACCCUUUCUCUUGAGAAGUGAGAGUUAACAGAACAUUUCCCCCUGUACCAAAUUUCGUUCUUGUUUUAGCAGAUCUUUAAAUUUCCAACCUUCUUUUUAUACUUUUUAGGGUCCAAAUGGUUUUCCAGGAGAGUCAGGAGACGCGGGAAGAGCAGGAACACCGGUUUGUAUAUUCAUUCUGUUAUGUUUAUAAUUGCCAAUAUGCCACUUGUAUUGAAUAGAGAGUUCAGAUUUGACUCCCACUACCACUACCUCUCACAGGCUUAAUACGCAUUUGAUUGGUUAAUCGAAUGGAAUAAAUGCAUCUGAUUGGUUAAUUUGGUAGCGGUAGCUGUAGUGAAAGUCAGAAUCUGAACCUGAGUAUUAAACACAGCCGUGAAUAUUUUAAGCAUUUCUUGUAAAAUUCAUGAACAAUAAUGAUCUUUGAAACCAAAUAACCAAUCAAAUUUAAACGAUUAUAGGUAAUAUAUAAAUAGACUCUUGUGAACCUCAUAGAAAUCAGUCGAUUCAUAUGCAAAGUACAAGUUCUCUUUUCUUCUGCCGUAACCAAAAGUGUUUGUAACUGCUUUGCAUGUAAAUUAUUUACUUCAAAAACUAAGCUACUUAUUAAAUUAAACUAUAAAAUAUGCCUGAUUACUCAGAGUUUCAUGUCUGCAGGCAGAUUUAUAAAAUUAAAGUUUCUAGCUAUUCUAACAAUGAAUCAACGAAAACGUAAAAAUUGGUUUUCUGAAGAUUGCCAACAGGCACAAACGUAGUUGUCAUACAAAGUAUAACAACGAAUGUUUGUAUUUAAGUGAAUAAAUAAAUUCAACAAUUAACUUUGUGUUAUACACAUAACGAAAAACCUUGAUUUACAUACAAUAUAUUUAUAACAAUGCAUAGUUAUAUUUUCCUGUGGCUUAUCGUUAGUAGCAAUUACGAGAACUUUAAAAACUUUUUCUUGAGCAGGGUUCUUUUGGCUUUUCCGGACGUUUGGGUGAAGAUGGCUUGAUCGGCGAUAAGGUAACAUCCGCAAGUUUCAUUAAAAGCUUUCUUUCAAUUUACCUACGAACGAACGUACAGUCUUCGCCCGUUGGGUCUUUUAAUUAAUCAUCAAUCACAAUCAGGUAUUUCAGCCACGAAGUUUUAUGCUCUAGGGAAAUGCCUAGGGAAAGUUGCGUAGACAAAGUUUGGCUACGCUCACACUAAUCCGUUUUUGUGUAUUGUUCCUCGUUCACAAGGGAAUAUAGAACGAUGGUCCAGUUACCGGAUUCACCGCGUAGCGUUAGCAAAAUGUGUGCAGGCAUUUGCAUCUAGAUCGCCAGCUUGCAGGCAUUUGCAUCUAGAUCGCCAUAUACAGGGGGUAUAAAAGAGUGCCUGAGUCCCAGGCCUUAAAAUAUCUUUUACAGGGCCGUCUGACAAAAUGUCCGAUGAUGUUGAGUUUCGAUCGGACAUAUGUCCGAUGACCUUCAGUUCAAGAUAUUAAAUAAUUUGUGUCAUUCAUUAAAUAAUUUGUGUCAGCCAAAAUUAACUUGCUUGCAAGAACAGCAGUAAGACUUCGACAACUUAAGCCUGUUUUCCACUUCACCAUUUCGCUCGCACGUCGCCGCCCCGCGCUCGAUUAGCUACGUUAAAACAACAUUUCCAGUUCACUUUUUGUACAAUACUCAAUUAGUCCUCUGAUUUUCCAUUUAACAUACGAGCCUUACUGCUGAUUGAUUUACAUUGGACAAUUAAGCUACAGUUCGGUCGGACACCAAUUCACUCGGGUCGGACACCAAUUCACUCGGGUCGGACAAACAGUAAGCCUCAGUUUCACUUAUGUCGGACAGAAUGUCCGGUGGCUUCCUCUCUACGUCGGACAAUUUCUCGAAUGGGUCGGACAAUGUCCGUGACCGACCGAUAUUUUAAGGCCUGGAGUCCUAUACUGAACCCUUGGGUGCAUAAACACAAUCGAAUCGAAUUUUAUGCAUGGCCAGUUAUGUUUUUGGUAUCGUUCAAAAUAUGAAGUUUGGGUGUAGUUUGGGUGUUUACAACAAAAGGGUAAUUUCUGAGUGGUCGCCUUUUUUAGACACCCUGUACUGUAUAUCAACUUUAAAUACAUUUGACGAGCGACAUUAACAUAAAAUCUUGAUUUUAAUAUUCUAGGGUCCGCAAGGCAGCGCAGGUAUCCCAGGAACAGCAGGAAGACCAGUUAGUAUUGAGAUCUUGCUUUAACAUCUUUUGCGUGAUCCUAUUCAGUAUAAAAUGUUCUAAAAUGCGUCUUUAUCUUUAUUUAAUAACGAAUAGUUUCUAUCCUAGAAGUCACACAUUCAUUUUUGUUUAUUUUUCGAAAAUAAUAUUUUAUAUAUUUAUUAUUUUAUACAUUUAUUUAAAUUGGUAUUAGGGUCCACCUGGUUUGAAAGGAAGUCAAGGCGCUGUUGGAGAUAAAGUGAGUCUCGCUCCAAUGAAAUAACUGCUAAAGUAUGUCGUUAUAUGACGUUAUAACGUAAUACGGUGUUGCCGUGUUGGAUAAAAAGUACACUUACGGUAACCAGAUGCAUUUGGUUAUAUCUAGACUGAUUUACAGUAAUAUCAAUUAGUUGUAUAUAAGCAUUAACACUAUCACGGUUUCGAACCUUUAAAGUCAGCCCUCUAAAUCAAUCUCGAACACUGAGCCCGCAAUCCUCUGUGGAAGCCUCCACAGAGGAUUGCGGGCUCAGGGUUCGAGAUUGCCCUUUACAUAUAUAGGUUCAGGUAAAGGGGCAUGGUUCUCCAGAAAGGGCCGGGGAAAAGAAGCGUGACUGUAUGGUCAGAUAGCAUGUAUGGCAGUGCAAAUCUCUUUCAAAGACACUUUUAAUUAAAAACAUCUUUAAUUUCUAAUAGGCAAUUCCAGCUUUUAGUUUAUGCCUGCAGGGGAUGAUGGGAAGUAAGGUAUCAUAUUGCUGAUUAUGCUGAAAAACUUCAAUAAAAGCUACCGAAACAACCGAAAUAUUUCAAUAUUUACAAGUAUAAGCUAUCACUCCGUGUUUACACGGCCCUCAUUUUUAUUUUUUCAGCAUAAUCAGCAAUAUGAUACCUUACUUCCCAUCAUCCCCUGCACACAUAAACUAAAAGCUGGAAUUGCCUAUUCGGAGUUCAGUUCUGUUUACGCCAUCAUAAUCAGAGGAACUUUUGUGUAAACCUGAACUUAAACCCCUUUGUUAAAAUUCCCUGUCAGUUUAGGAGGCUUUGCCCUACCCCGUGACUGAAAUAAUCUUUCGUAAUAUAACAAAUUUUUUGCUUAUUUAAUAAGGUUUGGCGCAUUUAAAUUUUAAAGUACAGUUAUUCCAAUUUAUUUCUAUUCGAUAAUUUGAGGGUCACUCCAGCAGUUGAUGCUAAUGAUUCUUAUAUUCACUGCAGUGAUAUAUUAUAUUUUCUUGUCUUAAUAUGAGAAAACUAUACAUUUUAAUAUAAACUAUACAUUAAAAUGAAGGAAAUCGUUAAUCGUGUCUCAGAAACCCAAGAAUCGAACAUGUUCUGGCGGUUCAUGCCCGUAUAGACAGUAGGCCAACUUUGAAGAGCCCCAAUUGUUAUAAUUUUCAGGACUAUAUAGUAUAUACCACUGUGGAAACCAGCCUUGAAGGGAUCCUCAGGAAGCUAUCUUCAUGUUGUCACUAUAUAUAUAUAUAUAUAUAUAUAUAUAUAUAUAUAUAUAUAUAUAUAUAUAUAUAUAUAUAUAUAUAUAUAUAUAUAUAUAUAUAUAUAUAUAUAUAUAUAUAUAUAUAUAUAUAUAUUUAAAAAACUCAUUAAUAAUUCAGGAACAAAACACAAAGAAAAAUCAUAAGCGUGUCGUGGUUUUAUAUGUGAUAAAAGACACAGUUUAUUUUAAAAAUUACUUCGCCAAUGAACUCGUAUAAGAUGAGUCGUUUUUUAAGCCAUUUAAAGCACUUGUAGUCGUGUUUUAUCACAUAUAAAACACUCCUACGCGUGCUUUAAAUAGUACAUAUAAAUCUGAAAAACUUGUUUAGGGCUUUCCUGGUAGACCAGGCGGUACUGGAUCACGUGGAGGAAGAGGAGGACCAGUAAGUACUUAUGGUUGUGAAUAGGUAUCAUGAUCAAUAAAACUUUGACGACUUUUGCAAUUGAUGUUACAAUCGACUGAACUACAUUCGGUCUCUCAUUUAAAAACGAGAAUAGGAAUGCUCCUAGAAAAAUACUGGACAAAUAUGGGAUAGCGCUUAGCUCAUCCCUAAGGCUAAGGACAAUAGCUUAGAUAUCAGGGCUUGGGUCAUCGCAACCAAUAGAAUUAAAUGUUGAAGGUUUUUAUAAAUGGAAUUUUCAAGUGUAAAUUUAUACACUUUUAAACCUAACCAGGCGCAGAUGCGAUAAAUGCAACUAUUGCAUGGCCCUCUGGCAGGAGUUGAACCUGCUCUCCUGCAAUUCCGGUGCAGCGCUCCAACCAACUGAGCUACAGAGUCCAGUUGUCAAGCCUUAACCACAUCUUCAACAACAGCUUAGACUGUACCAAUAACGUUACCAAUAUAGUCAUUUAAUUGUAUCACUUAUUAUUUGGAGGUACAGUGAUAAACACAUUCUGCAGUACUGAUAAGAAUUUCUUAUAAUAAUCCCAUAUAACUAGGAAAUAAUUGCAUGUAAAGGAUUAUUAUCAGGUUCUGAGAGGAUCCUGAAGUUUUCGUUUAACAUUUAUUUCUUGUAAAAUAGUUCUUAUUUUCUUUCAGGGUCCAAAAGGAGCUCUCGGAAUACAAGGAGACGAUGGUGGACGAGGUAGAGAGGUAGGAAAGAAAUUGCGAAAUAUCUGUGUCAGUAUAGGUGUUAUUCAGCCCUUGCAUGUUACGUCACAACAUAUCAUCAACGUUUGAUUCCCGCCAUUUUGGGUGGCAAAUAUUUAAACCUAAACAAAAAAUAGAUGGAGUCAAUCAGCCGUCAAAAUCGGUAGAGAUGCUGAUUUCAGAGCGGCAAUUUUCUGGCGAAUUCAAACAAUGGUUUUCUCUGCUGUCCAUUCUUUUUGCCACUCAAAAUCACGUGGUUUCUUAGCGCACGUAAUAUUCCCAGGUGACUCUAAGACCUGAAUACUGAAUCAUGUACACUUUUAUGCGUAGAGGUCUUCUAAUAAAUUAAUCUGUUCAAGUUUUUAUUAUUUUAAGACUCUUAAGCCAUUAAUCUACAAGACUCUGCAUGCCCUUGCAGACGAAUAUUUAAUCAUCUUGCGUUAGACAGAGUCAAACAAUAAAGAAGGGUGCAUUUGGGAGCAUUGCAACAAUGGAAUAAUAUUAAUUUUUCUUGGAAAAAUAUAGGGAGAUCGCGGGCCAAAAGGACAAGUUGGACUACCUGGAAUAGAUGGCACAAAGGUAUAUACGACCCGCCACGUUUUGUAGUUUGCCCUUGGACCUACAGUAUAUAUCAACACUCUGCAAAUUUCCAACCAGCUGCAUUAAUGCUUUGAUCGCAAAACAACUCAAGGAACUUACUGAUGGAGUUAUACUGUAAUCUAUACUUUGAUAACACUCCAGUGAAUCAUAAACAGUUAAAUUAUACCAACUUUCAUCCCGUUACAGAAGUAAAAAAUGGAUAAGGAUUUAUUUAGGCUUCUUUUCCUACUCAUCACAAAAACCAACGCGCAAAGUAUUCACUGCAAGUACUUUCAUCCAAUCACAAUGCUUGACAGUUUAUGUUAAUUACAUACAAGCACUUGCAGCGGGCUUGCGAGUUGGUUUUGCGAUGAGUGGAAAAGAGCCUUAACAGUUAACGAAAUAUUUUACUUUAGGGUGAACCUGGACGACGAGGGAAACUUGGUAAAGUUGGAAAGAAUGGAGAUCCGG